CAACCUUCACAGUUCAUACUAUGAGCUCAGUUUCUAUGUCAUGACUGUAGCUACGAGUUGCGGGUUUCAAACUCAAGAAUGCGGCGUUACAUUCGUGCACUAAUGUUGUGCACGGUGUUUGCCGUGUUUUCGGGCUUGUAUGUUUACAGUAAACUAUUUUACGCGGACGUGGCGGUCGGUGGGAGCGGACCGCGGAGGGUUUUCAUCCCACCGAGAGUCCCCGGAGGCAGGCGAGACACCGCAGACAAAACCGGGCCCAAAAGCCCCCCACACUGGUACAAUAGGUACAUCAUGCGUCAGCGGGGUCAGGUGGAGGCGGGUGGUGGCGGCCUUCAGAGCAGACCUGAACCCCCCAUGCAUUUGGCCGUGGUGGCCUGUGGGGAGAGGCUGGAAGAGACUCUCACCAUGAUCAAGUCAGCUGUGCUUUUCAGCAUUAAACAUCUCCAACUGCACAUCUUCGCCGAGGAUCAGCUGCACGCCAGCUUCAUGGAAGCUUUGGAGUCGUGGCCAGGUUUUAUUCGCUCCAGGUUCAACUACACAGUCUACUCCAUCAGCUUCCCCAGUGAGAAUGCAGCAGAGUGGAAGAAACUCUUCAAGCCCUGCGCUUCUCAGAGGCUCUUCUUACCUCUGAUCCUGAAGGACGUUGACUCGAUCGUGUACGUGGACUCAGACAUCCUCUUCCUGCAGCCUGUAGACCGCCUGUGGGCGUUCCUGUCCCAGUUUAAUUCCUCCCAGCUGGCUGCCAUGGCCCCGGAGCACGAGGAGCCCCGUAUCGCCUGGUACAACCGCUUCGCCCGCCACCCCUACUACGGCAGGACGGGCAUCAACUCGGGGGUCAUGCUCAUGAACAUGACGCGGAUGAGGAACAUGUACUUUAAGAAUGACAUGACGUCUGUGAGGCUGCGUUGGGAGGAGCUGCUGAUGCCUCUCCUUCAGAAAUACAAACUCAACAUAACCUGGGGUGACCAGGACCUUCUCAAUAUCAUUUUCCACCACAACCCUGAGUGCUUGCUCGAGUUUCCAUGCCAGUGGAAUUAUCGUCCGGAUCAUUGUAUCUAUGGCAUUAACUGUGCGUCAGCGGAAGAGGACGGCAUCAACAUACUGCAUGGAAACAGAGGGGUUUACCACGACCACAAACAACCUGCAUUCAGGGCUGUUUACGAGGCCAUACGAAAGUACCCUUUUGGCGCCGACCCAGUGACGUCGUUAUUGGAUCCACUAGAGGAAGGGCUGUUGAAGACGACACACACUUAUUGUGGUAAAUCCCACGCGCUGCUCACCAAGAGACUGGCACACAGCCUGGCAAACAUCGAUAUUAAGGCUCCACGUGGACGGUGACCAAAUGGAAUCACCAAAAGGAGCGUGUGCCUUGAGCUUGGUCAGAAAGACUUGAUUGUGACUGGCGGGACAAACAGAUCCCUGAUUUGAACAGCAGGGUUUUUUGACUGAUAACAGUCUUUUUUACUUGUCAGACUGUUCAAUAACAAAUAAUUUAAGUUGUCCAAAGGUGCAUACACUACUUUUUGGACAACUAAUGAGUGGUGAUCAGCUGUUCCAUAAAACAGUUGGGAUUGUCUCAAACUGAGACUAAUUGGUGCUCAGCUCUUUUAAAUUGCUCUGGAUUAGAGCGUGAUGUAAAUAUCUGAAAUCUGCUCUAAGUGUUACAUUAUGUGAACGUAGCAGAGAAAACUAUUUACUAUAGGUGGACACACGUUUUUUGUUUUUUUUUACUAUGUGUUCUAUUACAGACUUUUACAACAUUUUAUACUUUACUGACAACUGGGGAUUUUUAUUUUUAAAAAACAAUCAGAUUCCAGUUUGUUCUUCCAAUCAUUUUCUCCUGUCAUUGCCUUUGGUAACUGGCUAAAGGUGAGUAAUCCUUAUGGUGCAAAAUAUCUGUAAAAGUUUGGAAGUGUAGCUCUUGACUUUCCAUAUUGGAGAAUUUAUUGAACCAUGUGAAACACUCUUAUUAAAAGAGGCAAAGUAAUCAUAUCAACUGGAAAAAGGCUUCCACAGGGCCCAUUGUGAGAGAUGUAUGCACAGGUCCACUUUUGUGUCCUUCAGGGACCAUUUCAGUACCAACAACAUGGAAGAGAAGUCGUUUCAGAGAACAUGCAUGGAAUAAUGAUCAUAGUUUCUGAGUUUGUGAUUAAGUAAACAAUAUUUAAAUAGUUCCUCAUAUGUGAUUUAUUUUUUUUCUAAAGUGGCGGGGGUUUAGCAUACCGUUUUCCUGAGUAAAGGUUUGUCCUACUCUUUUAUUUUAUCUGUUACACAGAUUACCUUGACACAAAAAAAAAAAAAGCAAUAUGAGGAGAGUCACAGGUCAUGUAUAUGUUGUGUAAUGUCAGUGUACAUUUCUGUGAUGUCCGGUCAUGUGACUCUUCACAAAUGUUUGUUUCGUGUCUUCUAAGUUCAUACAUUUCUUGUGUUACUUUGAACAAGCAUGUUUCUGGCGCUGGCAAUUUAUGAUUAAUCGUUACUAUGAACUCUUUGUUGAUUUGUGAGGUCAGUUUGCGUUAAACAGAACAGCUAGCAUAACACAAUGCAGAAAAAAUACUAUUGAAAAUAUGAAUAAGCUACAAGUUCCUCUCCAAUGCCAAAGCAAUUUCUUUUUACUACUAUUAUUAUGGGUUUGCACCAUUGAAUGUAUUUUUUUUAGCACUAAGGGUUGAAAUCUAAAUGUUAUCAGUGCUUAUGUUUGUGUGGUUGUAUUGUGAGGAUAUCCUUUGUGACAUGUUUACUUGUUUAUAUGUUUUGUGCUGUUUUGUGUUUUUUUUUUUUUUUUUUUUUACAUUAAAUAUCAUUUUGUGAAACUGCGCAGCAAUGUGUCCUGUCCAACCACCAGAGGGUAGCAUUUUUUGAUAUGUUGGUACUUGCUUUAGGGAUGAAUCAUAUUGUUUAGGUACUUUUGAAAUAAUAAAAAAUAUUUAUGACAAAGGAAUAUUAU